CUAACCUGCCAGCUCCUCCCCAAGAAGACUGUGAAGCACAUGGAUGUGAGGUGGCAGCACUCCGAGCCUGGUACACCUGUGUUUGCACAUCGAGACGGAGCCGAGGUGGCUGAGAUGCAAAUGGAGGAGUCCAGAGGCCAGGUAGAGUGGAUGGAACAUGGCACUGCACAGGGAACUGGGACUCUGAAGAUACACGACAUCCAACUGUCCGACGAUGAGCAAUACUGCUGCCCUUUCCAGGAUAGGAACUAUUGUGGAGAAACAAGCUUGGUGCUCAAACUAGCAGGUGUGGGGUCUGCCCCUAGCAUCCACAUGGAGGGAGCGGUGGAAAGUGAGGUCCAGCUUGUGUGCACUGCACAGGGCUGGUUCCCAGAGCCCCAGGUUUACUGGGAAGACAGCCGGGGAGAGGAGAUGCUGACUGUCUCUGAGCAUCACAUCCGAUUCUACGUGGAGUCCACUCUUGUAGUCAGGGACACCUCUGUAGUGACCAUGUCCUGCUUCAUCCACCGCCCCAUCCUUGCAGAGGAGAAGGGGUCAGUCAUCACUCCCCCAGAGAAACUCCAGACUGAGCUGGGUGAGUAG